AUGAAUGAAACCUCAACCAUGAGGUUUAUUUUGAUAGGCCUCUCGCAUUACCCAUAUCUUCAGCCUCUGUUCUUCACCAUAUUCUUUCUUAUUUACCUAAUGGCAUUUGCUGGAAAUGUUCUGAUUGCGAUCAUCAUCAGUGCUGAUCCUCGUCUUCACACCCCAAUGUAUUUUUUCUUAAUUAACCUCUCAAUUUUGGAUAUAUGUUGUACAACAGCUGCUAUUCCCAAAAUGUUGGAGACCCUUGUCAUAAAGCAAACGUCUAUUUCUUAUUCUGGCUGUAUAUCCCAGUUAUACAUUUUCACUGCAGCUUUAAGUACUGAACUUAUCCUGUUGACGGUGAUGGCAUACGACCGGUAUGUGGCAAUAUGUUAUCCGUUGCGUUAUAAAACAAUUAUGAGUAGAACAGCAUGUGUAUGUUUAGCUGGAGCCGCCUGGAUCCUGGGCUCUGUGAACUCAAUGACUCACACAUGUCUCAUAUUAAAACUCUCCUUCAGGGAGCAAAACAUCAUUGAUCAUUUCUUCUGUGAAAUCCCCCCAGUGCUGAAACUGGCCAACUCCGACACAUAUGUCAAUGAUGUUGUCAUUGUAGCUUCUGAUGUACUGCUGGGAAUGAUUUGCUUCAUCUUGACUGUUAUUUCUUAUACUUAUAUUAUAUCAACUAUAAUGAAAAUCCGUUCAGCAGAAAAAAAAAAGAAAGCUUUUUCUACCUGUGCUUCCCACCUUACUGUGGUAACUAUAUUCUAUGGAGGUGUCAUCUACACAUAUGUUAGACCUGCUUUCAGCUACCCGUUAGAAGCAGACAAAGUUGUUUCUGCAUUAUAUGCUAUUGCAUCUCCAGUGCUGAAUCCCAUCAUUUAUAGCUUAAGGAACAAGGAAGUCAUUAAUGCCAUUAACAAGAUUUUUAUUAAAAGAAUUCCACAACUAAAAUGA